AUGUUUGCGGUGAAGAAGUGGCUCGUGAAAUACUGCCGCACCGCCGCCGUCCAAGACUCCACCGCUCACAUUUCGCAGAGCACCCAGGGAAAAGAGGAGGCAACUGCGAGGGCCGUUGUCGAGGGCUGCAGCGUCGUUGUCGUUGUCGUCGGUGAGCUCAUGGAAGCGCACAAAGAGGCGGCUGGGCCGGAUGGGUGUUGGAUGGGCACAAAAGGCUUCAGUGGUGGCCCAAAGCAGCUUAGCGGGGCUCAGGGGGGCGCCAAGAAGGUCGGCGCUCGGGAAACUCUUAAAGGCUUCUGCGUCCUCGUCGUCAAUUUGAACCUCGCGUUCGUCCAUGUCCUUUUCCCCGAUCGCUUCCAAUCAACACGCGCGCCUGCUCCGGAUCCCACAUCACAUGAUCAACCAUUGAAGCACCCCCACCAACCAACCAACCACCUUUACCGUCGCGCGCCCUGCUCCCGCGCCUUUGUUCAACCAUUCAACCAACGCCCAGACUUUAUUACAGAAAGCACGAUCAAUUCCAGCCAAGCUAAUUGA